AUGGAUAAAGAGAUUAAGAAUAAAGCUAAGAAUGCACGUCGUGGUGCAAAAGGUUCUCUGACGAGAGCAAUGAAUGUUACAAAUGAACUGAUUGAAGCAAGUCGUUCGAAAAGUGAAGUAAAACAAGCCUUUGAAGAGUUACGAAGGGCUCAUGAAGGAUUAGUGAUGAAACAUGAAGAAUUUACUAUGUUAUUAGAUGAUGAAGAGUUCGAAGAAGCUGAAAAAUGGAUGCAAGUCUGUGCAAGUGAGUACGUAGCCUUUACUAUGCGUUAUCAUGAUUAUAUUAAGAAAAUAGAUGAGGAUAAAAGUAAACAGAAUGUCAGUGACAGUGUCGUUGGUGAAUCGAGUAAAGAGAACAAUGAGGAAAGUAAUGAUAGUCAAGGAAGUAACUAUAUGAUCGAACAGUCUACUGUUUCUAAUGAGAACGAUCACCCAAGCACAAUGCAAAACCCUGAAAUGAUGCAACACAGUCCGAGUUCAGCCAAGCCCUUUACUGUUAAGCAUGAAAAAGCUAAAUUGCCUGUGUUUACUGGUGAUGUUCGACAAUAUUUCAUAUUUAAGUCGGAUUUUAAACACGCUGUCGAAGCACAAUAUUCCGAAAGAGAUACAUUGACAGUGCUACGUUCAUGUUUAAGUUCUGAGCCUGCCAAAUUAUCGAAGGAAUAA